GGUUCACCUUGCCCUUAAUCCAUGUGAAGACCUGUUGGAAACACCUUCUGGAAACGUAAGUUUUCAGUCUCCUAAUAAAUUCUGUUGUGUCCAAGAAGAGCCUGUCCAAAUGAGCAAGACAUCCCAACAGAACACCGCUACAGAUGCGAACGGAGUAAGCGUGAUUCACACUCAAGCGCACAGCAGUGGUUUGCAGCAGGUUCCCCAGCUGGUGCCCGUUAGUCCUGGUGGCGGAGGCAAAGCUGUGCCUCCGAGCAAGCAGGGAAAGAAAAAUUCCUUUGUGGAUCGAAACAGUGAUGAGUAUCGUCAGCGUAGAGAGCGAAACAACAUGGCAGUGAAAAAGAGCCGGUUAAAAAGCAAGCAGAAAGCACAAGACACGCUGCAAAGGGUCAACCAGCUCAAAGAAGAAAAUGAACGUUUAGAGGCCAAAAUAAAGCUCCUGACCAAGGAGCUGAGCGUACUGAAAGACUUGUUCCUCGAGCACGCGCACAAUCUUGCAGACAAUGUGCAACCUGUUGGCACUGAAACUACCACAACAAAUCCAGAAAACAAUGGACAGUAGACACUGUUGCAACCUUAUGAAAUGAACUCUCGAGGUGCAGCUUGUCUGCAAUGCCCAUGUAGUAACCAAGCAAAAACUCAGUUCUUUUAACCAUCAUU